GUAGAGAGAAAAAGGAAGAAUUUUGAGUGUUACCCUUUAUUUGUGGAUCCAUAAACUGAAAGAAUGAAAUCCCCAUUGAAUGGCGAUUUUCUGAGAACACACUUAACGCUCAAGAUCGCCGCUUUCUUCUUCAUCGCCGUCACUUUCUUCUACUUCGGGAAGCACUGGUCCGAUCGCAACCACCAGCAGCUCAUCUUCUUCAACGUAGGAUCCGACCCGAAUCCGAAUCCGAACCCGGUUGUCUCCAUAUCCCCGAAUUACAACAAAUUCUUCAAUGUCUCUGCCCUCAUCGAUCAGAACGCAACCCAACCGGCGCCGCAAAAAGCACUGGAACAACCAUCGCCGGAAAAAGCCACAGAACCACCGCCUCCUCCUCCGCCCUUGCCGGCGGUGGAUUCACUUGAGAAAUUCGGGAUCUUGAACGAGAAUGGUACGAUGUCGGAGGAGUUCGAGGUGGGGGAUUUCGAUUCGGGAAUGGUAGAUGAUUGGGUGAACGAGACGCAGGUUGAGAAUGAGAGUGGUUCUUCUUAUUCUUCUGGGUCUGCUCCUAAAUUCGCUAUCAAGAAGUUCGGGUUAUGCCCGCGAAGCAUGAGGGAGUAUAUACCUUGUUUGGAUAACGAAGACGCGAUUCGGAAGCUGAAUUCGAUGGAGAAAGGUGAAAGGUUCGAGCGGCAUUGCCCUGAAGAAGGUCGAGGGUUGAAUUGCUUAGUUCCUGCACCCAAAGGGUACCGUACCCCAAUUCCAUGGCCCAGAAGCCGAGAUGAGGUAUGGUACUAUAAUGUUCCUCAUACUCGUCUAGUUGAAGAUAAGGGCGGCCAAAACUGGAUUUCCAGGGACAAAGAUAAGUUUAAGUUUCCAGGAGGUGGUACGCAAUUUAUACAUGGAGCAAAUGAAUACUUGGACCAUAUUUCUAAGAUGAUUCCUGAAAUUACAUUUGGUCAGCAUAUUAGAGUUGUUCUUGAUGUUGGCUGCGGGGUUGCUAGUUUUGGUGCCUACUUACUGUCACGGAAUGUCGUUGCCAUGUCUGUUGCUCCCAAGGAUGUUCAUGAGAAUCAGAUCCAAUUUGCUCUUGAGCGUGGCGUACCAGCAAUGGCGGCGGCAUUUGCAACUAGACGUUUAUUGUAUCCAAGUCAAGCUUUUGACUUGAUACAUUGUUCACGCUGUAGAAUUAAUUGGACUCGAGAUGAUGGGAUAUUGCUGCUGGAAGUUAAUAGGAUGCUAAGAGCAGGAGGGUACUUUGUCUGGGCUGCCCAGCCAGUUUAUAAGCAUGAGGAAGUUUUAGAAGAACAAUGGGAAGAAAUGCUUAAUCUUACCACUCGACUCUGCUGGAAGUUUUUGAAAAGAGAUGGGUACAUUGCAAUAUGGCAGAAACCUACUGACAAUAGCUGCUAUCUAAACCGAGAGGCAGGAACUAAACCUCCACUGUGUGACCCAAGCGAUGACCCAGACAAUGUUUGGUAUGUUAAUCUAAAAGCAUGCAUCUCUGAAUUGCCUAAGAACGGAUAUGAAGCAAAUGUUACCAACUGGCCUGCACGUUUGCAAACUCCACCUAAUAGGCUUCAAAGCAUAAAACUUGAUGCUUUCAUAUCCAGAAAAGAGCUUUUUAGGGCAGAAUCGAAAUACUGGAAUGAGAUAAUAGCAAGCUACGUUCGUGCUUUACGCUGGAAGAAGAUGAGAUUAAGAAAUAUCAUGGACAUGCGAGCAGGUUUUGGAGGAUUUGCAGCAGCAUUGAUUGAUCAGAAUCUUGACAGCUGGGUUAUGAAUGUUGUUCCUGUUAGUGGCCCAAACACCUUGCCUGUUAUAUAUGACCGUGGAUUGAUUGGAGUUAUGCAUGACUGGUGUGAAGCAUUUGACACCUACCCGAGAACCUAUGAUUUACUACAUGCAGCAAACCUACUUUCUGUUGAGAGGAAAAGAUGCAAUGUGUCAUCAAUUAUGCUUGAGAUGGAUCGAAUACUAAGACCUGGUGGACGAGUAUACAUCCGUGAUUCUGUUCCAAUAAUGGAUGAACUUCAAGAUAUUGCCAAGGCAAUAGGGUGGCACGUGACAUUGCGAGACACAUCUGAGGGGCCUCAUGCAAGUUAUAGGAUCUUGGUUUGUGAUAAGCACCUACUACGCGCUUGAAGCAAUGAGGUAUAUAACAUGUUUUUUCUUUGAUCCUUAAAGUGAGUAGUCAACACAACAUAGUGAAUCAGUCAUUUGAGAAGAGAACACAAAGAUGCAAGUGAUGUUGGUUUAUUGAUACUACUCGGCAUAAGAUCCCAACAUCUUGAUAAGUCAAGUGCAUCAGCUAACUUAAUUGUAAAAUUCAUUCUAUUUGUAUAUUCCAAAACUCUACGUGA